AUGUCGCGCGCGCCGAGCGCGCCGACGAUGGGUCGACUCGGAUGGUUCGUCGCGCUGGCGCUGGCGCUCGCGCACCUCGCGCGCGGGCGCGCGGGCGGGACGAGGCGGACGAGGAACGCGCCGGGCGCGUUCGUGUUGCACGUCGAGCUGGAGUUUACGAAUGAAAACGCGGCGAAGACGCUGGUGGAUGCGUGGAGCGAGUGCGCGGAUUGGUGUCGAACGCGGGAGAAAACGCUGUGGCACUACGAGAUCUCCCAGAGCGACGUGGAUGGGUUGAAAUACUCGAUACACGAGCGGUACAGAUCGAAGGAGGAUUACGCGGGGGCGCACAAGUCGACGGCGGCGUACAAGGCGUUUCGGCCAAAGCUCAGAGCGUUGCAGGAUAGCGGUGAGGUCAAGGUUACGGGUUCGUCGUACGUCGAGCUUGGACGAGGAUUUGUGUAG